AUGGCGGUUGUAUACGCACAUAACACUCAGUUCCAGCAACAGCAGCAACAACUUCAGCAACCACAAUUACAUCAGCUGGGCUGGAAUGAGUACUGGGAUGACCAAGUGCCAACAACACCAGUGUUGCAUUCUCAGCUGAUUCAUCCACUACAUCCAAUGCAACAACAGCAAUAUACCACUCCAUACUACUCCAACAACACCACCUCCACCUCGACUACUGGAUACUCUCCAAUGUAUCCAAUGUCUGGAUCACAUCAUCUGAUACCAUCACCACCACUCACUCCACAUCUUUAUCCAUCAACACCUGUGAUGGAUCAUUCAACUUUGAUGUCUAGUGGUUGCCAUCAGCAACCGCAGCCACAGCAACAGUUCUACGCUCCACCAAUGCCCGAACCACUUCCACAUCACACCCUCCACCUCCCAGCCAUAUCUGAACAACAACUACAACAUUACCAACAUCAACAACAUCAUCAUCUACAACAUCAACAACAACAACUAACUUCCUCGCCUCUGCUCUAUAUGACGAGCCCACCAGGCAGCGAAGUUAGCAGUCCAACUUUGACGAUCAAUUCGCCAUUGACUAGGACAUCAUCCUGUGACACUAUAACCAUACCAUUGUCGACACCACCCGUGCCGACAAUGACCAACCUCUCGCCAAACUUCCCGACCAAGAGAAGAUUCAGCCAGAGCCAGAGCCCAUGCAUGUCUUCUCCUCUUGUCUCCGAUGGCAGUGAGGACAACUACGACUACAUGUCACUUGACACCGACUCUUUGAGUGAGGACGAGAAUGACAUUGAGUCAGUUGACGAGCAGCUCAGACCCAUGCUCAAUCCAUUGAUGGAUUUGGUCGCCCGGAGUGGACUCUCCUACUCCUUGCAACAGGCCCUCUCCUCAACGGGUCCAUCCGCCUCGCCAAAGGAUCUGCUCAGCAUUGUUCACAAGCUCUGUUGUGACAACAACAAUGAGGGCCUGUUCCAAGGCCUGAUCGAGACCAUCGUAAGGCUGGACGGUGACGUCAAGAUGGUCAAGUACAUGACCGAGUGUGGUAUCGAGCAGCGAUACCUCGACUUUACCAAAGAGAUGGAGCUCACCAACAAGAGCUAUGGUCCCUCAAAGAAGAAGCGUGAGAGAAAACGCGAGUGUAUGAGCAAGGGACUCCGAUCGCCACCCAACAAGUGGUCGAUCAAGGAGUCAGAGACACUGAUCCAGUUGGUCAACGAUAUUGGUGACAAGCAGUGGAAGAAGAUCGCUACGAUGUUGGGCGGAGGCAAGACCGGAGCGCAGUGUGCUCAACAUUGGAACCGCGUGCUCAGUCCACAGAUAAAGAAGGGCUCUUGGGACGAGGAGGAGGAGACCCAGCUCUUCAUGUUGGUCGACAAGCAUGGAACAACCUGGAAGAGUGUGGCCAUGGAGCUCAAGUCGCGGUCCGACAUCCAAUGUAGAUAUCAAUAUUGCAAGGCGGUCCAGUCUCGCCAGGUACCCUGGUCGCACGUAGAGCUCGAGGUCUUGUCCACGAUGGUCAAUGAUCUCAUCGCCAAGAAGGGUAGCAAUGCCUUUUCAUUUGUCCCCGUUGCCAAGCAUCUUGCCAAGGGCAAACAUACCAAGUUGCCUCGCACGGCACUCGAAUGCAAGAACAAGUGGGAGGAGCUGUCCAUGUCACCAUUGCCUCUGGUCCAAAUUUGA